CCCACCGCGACCGCCCGCCGUCUCGCCGUGGCCCUCGGAGCGCCUCGCUGCCGAUCUCACAUCCUGCCACAGCCUGCCACAUCCUGCCACAGCCUGCCACAGCCUGCCACAUCCUGCCACAGCCUGCCACAGCCUGCCACAGCCUGCCACAUCCUGCCACAGCCUGCCACAGCCUGCCACAGCCACGACCCGCACCUCGCCACCAGCCCCGGCCACAGGCGGCCAAACGACCGCCGCAGGAGAGCCCGGAAACCCGGCGAGCGCGACUAGGCCCGAGACGAAGCCCCCCUCGUUUCCUAGUUUGGUGGCCGGACUCCCCCCCUCCUCACCCCGCCGCCGCCGAAGGGCCGCGCAGCGUCCAAUGUCGGGGAGCACGGAUAAGUCGCCGGCGCCGCUGCCCGAGCGAGCGAUCCACGGCUUCGUGAUCUUCGUGGGCUCCAUCGUGGCGUUCGCCGUGUACGUGGUUUGGGCCGUGGUGCCGGACGCAUGGCUGCACUCCGUGGGGCUCACCUACCUCCCCCAGAAGUACUGGGCGGUGGCCGUGCCGCUGUAUCUGAUCGUGUGCGUCGGCUUCGUGGCGAUUGUGCUGCACGGACUCAACAUCAUGAGCACGGCGCCCCUAGACUCCAUACACACGGUGACGGACCCCUUCGCCUGGGCCCAGGAGGAGGGCGAGGCCCCCGAGGGGGGCGUGCCACUGCUCAGAGACCUCGACAUCUCACUCGUCAACCGCAGACUCUACGGGGUUCCUGAUGGUGCGGCGCGGAAUGAGGGGGAGUCUGCGCCCCUCUGAGCCCGCCCCGCCUCGUCACCACGACGCGGGAGAGCGGCAGCGGGACGAGGGGGAUGACGAGGAGGAGCAGGAGGAAUGGUCACCACUUCAACCGGCAGCCGUUGGUUGUGUUCCCCGCGCUGGCGACGCCGCCGCCACGCGUCGCCAUCGCUUCUUUCCUUCCUGCCGGAGCGAGCAGCUGUUGCGCUUGGCACCUCGGAGGUCGUGACCUGCUCUUCUCAUCCAGUGCCAACACCGCACUGCAGGUCACUCGCUCUGCACACUGAAGGUGUCGUCGGGGCCGGUGCAGUGACCGUUUAGCGUGCAACUCCUUGGCUGCCCCCUUGCAACUCCUUGGCUGCCCCCUUGCAACUCCUUGGCUGCCCCCUUGCGGCUCUUUGGCUGCCCCCUUGCGGCUCUUUGGCUGCCCCCUUGCAACUCCUUGGCUGCCCCCUUACAACUCCUUGGCUGCCCCCUUGCGGCUCUUUGGCUGCCCCCUUGCGGCUCUUUGGCUGCCCCCUUGCAACUCCUUGGCUGCCCCCUUACAACUCCUUGGCUGCCCCCUUGCGGCUCUUUGGCUGCCCCCUUGCGGGCAGCCGUCAAGGCAACUGAUGGAAUGUGGCAGGGAAUGGGUCACUGUGGAAUGAAGUGGUGACGAGAGUGAAACCGGUUGUUGGAGAAUAACUGAGGGGCGGGGGGCGGGGGGGGGGCGGGGGGGGGGGGCAAAAACGAAAUGGACGCAGUUCACCCCAUCACCGUUUAUUUUGAUUAUGUAAGAAUGUGUGUUGUCAUCUGCUCUAUGUGCCUGCUGCUGCUGCUGCUGCGUUUGCGUACGUAGCAGCUCGCUGCUCUGCGUGCGAAGCGGCUCUCCAGCUAUUUUGCUGUGAUGGGGGGGC